GCGGGGGUGGUGUCGGGCGUCGUGCUGUGUCGAGGCUUUUUCGUGCUGGAGUUGCCGGGGCACGGCGCGUGUCGUCUGCUCACACGUAGGUCCCUUCGAUUGUCUCCCCUGUUGACGCCCUCCGCGGUGAAGAUGAGACACAGCAUCACGGGUUCUGCCUUCUUUAUGUUGAUAUGGAGAAAUACGGACCAGUGUCUGUUUGCGGCUACUGCCUCGCCGUCCCGAUCAUCUUCUCCCUCAUCUAUGGGGGUUGUAUGAUCUUCUUCUCUUUCUGGAGCGUGGCUGGCUACGAAAACGAGUUAAAGACUCCGGGAGCCGUGAUGUGCUUCCUGGUGACCGUCACACUUGACUGCUGCAGCUGGCUGCUCAUGCUCAUCAACGCAUGCUUAAACACCUCUGGUCUCAACGCUCUUUGCACCAACCUCUUCGACAACAACGACAGGUGCUCGAAAGGUUAUCUGUACCAGCCAGUCUUUGGACGCGACGACGGCUUCUACAUACGUCACAAGAUUGCCGAGGCGGGGUCAUGGUUGUCGUGGAUCGUGUGGUCGCUGCAGAUGGGCACCAGUCUGCUGGUGGUGUCCGCCCGCCACCGCGAGUUUGCCGUGCUGACGCGCAACAGAUGCUGCGAGUGGACCAACCCUUGCAAUUACCUUUGCCCCUGCUGGACGUGCCGUUGUCGGGUGCAGUACGGUAGUGACGACGACGACGACGAUGACAAAAACAAAAAGCGCAGGAAUAUUCAUCCUUACCGCAAGAAGUAGAAGGCUUAGCAGAAAAUGGACCUUGGAUGAAGCAGCUAGAAGCCAUGAUGUAAAUCGUACAGCCACCAUAUUUUGUCUGAGACAAAAGUUUUUAAUGGACCUUAAACUAGAUUUCAUAUAACCGAAAACAUGAGAGCUUCAGCACAUUAAUUUGUUUUAAGAAACAAAUAAGCGUUUCCUUUUGUCAAGAAUGAAAUAUUGUGUUAAGGAUUUGUCACUGAUUUGAUCGAGGUAAAACUGGCAGAAUGACAGUUCAGUUUCUCCACCGUUAAAAGCAGAGAAGAUAGGGGGUUCUGUAUUUUAUUGAAUGCCAGAAUUUCAAUAAAUGAAAUUAGAUUUACCGUUGUAUAUUAAUUUCUUUCGGAGACGAUAAUAUUCGGGACUCCUCUGUACCAUCUGUAAAGUGUUCAUCACCAACACAACUGUUUCAUUGAAAGCACGUUUAUGCACUGUUUGUAUUAAUCUAAAGCAAGUAUUUCGUUAAACAAUAUGUUUAAGAGAGGUGCCCUGGGAAUUCAGGUUAUAUAUAUAUAUGGGAGUGAACUCCUUGAUUCAUUAGCUUAGGGAAGUGAAAAUGCAGUUAUGCCUCUUGUGCCCGUUCUUUUCGUAGCAAACCUUUUCGUUACAAUCGUAUCCUUUUAUCGAAUAUUGCAUCAUAUGCCCUUACAAGAAGUGACUGAAGGUAGGGAUACCAUUCUUCGUGAUAUAAUGUUGAAGAGCUUUGUCCAUUAAACUAUAAGAGCGGUACAUCAGUUCGUUUCAUCAUUCCAUCCUUCCAUUAGUGCAGCCAACACACAAGUACUUUAUAAAACCAGGGUUUAAGUGCUAUAAUCUUGUUUAUUAUUUCCAGUCUGGGCUAAGAUUUAAGAUUUCAGGAAUAUAUGAAAACUAAUAAAAGUAUCUUGCCUAUAGCUUGUGGCAAAUAAAUAGUGCUCAAGUUGAAUCUGACAGCAAAAGCCUCUGAUGCACAAAAUGACAGAAUAAAUAAACUCCUAAAGCCAACAAAAAAUCGUGUUUUAUAGCUUAAAAUGGAUCAAUAAGAUUCUAGUCAUGUAAAGCACAAAUAAAUAAGCAUGAUAAAAACAGGCUCCAUUUUCACAGCAAAUAGAGUGAGCAUCUAACAAAUCCUGCCGCUCGUUAAACGUAUCGGGAAACCAGCGGCGGUUUGCCAGUCGCAAAAGAGCAGCUACAAAAUUCUGAACCUUGUGCACCGCGAUAUUAUUGUAAAACACAUGUACACAUUUUCUCACACACACGAACAUACACACCCCCAUGGAGCAGAGAUGAAUUAGUGCCCAAACUCAUGAACAAUUAAUUACAGAGACGAUGGAAAGAAUCAGGCAGGCAGAGAGUCAGGCAGA